ACCCAGAGCCCGCGGGCCGGGAGCGGAGCCACGGCGGCUUCAUGGCAGCUGAGGAGAUGCACUGGCCCGUCCCCAUGAAGGCCAUUGGUGCCCAGAACCUGCUGACCAUGCCCGGGGGGGUGGCCAAGGCCGGCUACCUGCACAAGAAGGGCGGCACCCAGCUGCAGCUGCUCAAAUGGCCCCUGCGUUUUGUCAUCAUCCACAAGCGAUGCAUCUACUACUUCAAGAGCAGCACGUCCGCCUCCCCGCAGGGCGCCUUCUCGCUGAACGGCUACAACCGGGUGAUGCGGGCGGCGGAGGAGACGACGUCCAACAACGUCUUCCCCUUCAAGAUCAUCCACAUCAGCAAGAAGCACCGCACGUGGUUCUUCUCAGCCUCCUCCGAGGAUGAACGCAAGAGCUGGAUGGCCUUGCUGCGCAGGGAGAUCGGCCACUUCCACGAGAAGAAGGAGGUGCCUCCGGACACCAGCGACUCCAGCUCAGACACGGACAGUUUCUACGGCGCAAUCGAGCGGCCCGUGGACAUCAGCCUCUCCUCGUACCCCACGGACAACGAAGACUACGAGCAGGACGACGAGGACGACUCGUACUUGGAGCCGGACUCGCCCGAGCCCGGGAGGCCCGAGGACACCCUGACGCACCCGCCGGCCUACCCGCCGCCUCCCGUGCCCGUGGCCAGGAGGCCAGCCUUCUCCGAUGUGCCCCGGGCCCACUCCUUCAUCUCCAAGGGCCCGGGCCCCCUGCUGCCGCCCCCGCCCCCUAAGCGCAGCCUCCCCGACACUGGCCCGGUGCCUGAGGACUCCAAGAGGGACCUGCUGGCCCCGAGGCGGGGGGAGCCUGGCCCCCGGGUGCCUGCUGCCUCCCGGAGGAUGAGCGACCCCCCGAUGAGCAACCUGCCUCACGUGCCCAACCUUCGGAAACCCCUGUGCUUCCCUGAGAGCAGCAGCCCUGGCCUGGAGCCACGGAUCCCCAGCCCCGGGGCUGCCUCCAGGAACUGUGACAAACUCAAGUCCUUCCACCUGUCCCCCCGGGGGCCGCCCACGCCUGAACCCCCGCCCGUGCCGGCCAACAAGCCCAAGUUCCUGAUGGUGGCUGAAGAGGCCCCACUGCGGGAGGCGGCCAAGCCCGGACUCUACGUGCCCCCGCUGGGCCCCAGGCCGCCCGCACUGAAGCUGCCCGUGGUGGAGGCCGCAGCCCGGCCUGCGGUCCUGCCCAGGCCAGAGAAGCCAUCCCACCCUCACCUCCAGCGAUCGCCCCCCGAUGGGCAGAGUUUCAGGAGCUUCUCCUUUGAAAAAACCCGCCUGCCCUCCCAGGCGGAGGCACCGCAGGCCGACACCGGCGGGAAGGACUCUGAUGAGGACUAUGAGAAGGUGCCACUUCCCAGCUCGGUCUUUGUCAACACCACGGAAUCCUACGAGGUGGAGAGGCUGUUCAAAGCCACGAGCCCCCGGGGAGAGCCCCAGGACGGACUCUACUGCAUCCGCAACUCGUCCACCAAGUCGGGGAAGGUUUUGGUCGUGUGGGACGAGACCUCCAACAAAGUGAGGAACUACCGCAUCUUUGAGAAGGACUCUAAAUUCUACCUGGAGGGCGAAGUCCUGUUUGUGAACGUGGGCAGCCUGGUGGAGCACUACCACACCCACCCGCUGCCCAGCCACCAGAGCCUGCUGCUGCAGCACCCCUACGGCUACGCCGGGCCCAGGUGACACCCUUGCGCUGUUGAGCAGAGGCAACCUGAGGCCACCGCCCAGCCGGCGCAGAAGAGACUGGCCUGCAGGGCAGGAGGAGCUCUGCCCUGAGGACUGCCCGAGGGACAGUGGACUCUGCCAGGCCAGGCCCUACCCAGCAGGCUGGGUCCUCAGGGCGGGGCGCAGCCUUGGGCUCCAGAGGGCUGGGGGCUCUCUCCAACCCGCCCCACCAGCCUGUCUCACCGUCCAGCAGCCCAGGGUCCCCGGACCAAGCCCCGCUGGGCUUCAUGGACAGGAAUUCUGGUCCCCACCCUGCCCUGGGCAGGGAGCUGGGCAUGGGGGGGCUAGGGCAUUUGUGGUUGGGGCAGGGGUUGGCCCCGGGACUCCCAGGAACGCUAAGACUCAGGCUCCAGGAGGGGCCUUUGCUGCACAAUAAAGCACAGACGACAUUUGCCUUGGUGGCCGGGCUUCAUUGGGAAGGAGGAGGGGACCAGCCUUGCUGAGUAUCCGCACGGACGUGCAGGUGGUAGCUGCAGCAGCUCGGGUGCCAGGAACCCCCGAAAGUGGCCUCCCCCCCUUGCAGGGCAGGGCUGGCGA